ACUAACCAAGCGAACCAAGAAAGUAGGCAUUGUUUGCAAGUAUGGUACCGGAUAUGGCGCCUCGCUUAAAAAGACUGUCAAGAAGAAGGAGGAAGCCAUGGAGAGAAAGGCUGUUGGCACUUGGAAAUGCAACAGAUGUUCUAAAACUGUACGAAGUGCCAUUCGUCGUCUCAGAGAAAUGAAGGAGAUUUCGAUUUCCUGA